GUAGCACGUACAGAAUACGAUUGCGCUCUGCCUGGUCUGUUGCCAACAAGCGCCUCAAUGUGGAAUUUGAGUCACGCUGCAAAGGGCUUUUGCAGCUUCAUGCGUGGCUGCCUGUUGCUGAGAUUCCUUUCGGCCAGUCUGUUGAGGACAUUUGCAGAAAUGGCUUCAAAGCUGGCCAUGUGGGAGUGUCCUUCCAUGUCGGCAAUCUGCAGCUUCCAAGUUUGUACAGUGACGGACGUGAUCGGGGCGGCAAUGAUCGAGGUCAUGGUGUAAAAAGUCGCGGAAGGUCGUUGCCUGCAGGGCGUCGCUUGUAUGAAUUCCUUCUUUGCCGAAUUGGAGCUGGCCGAUCAUAUUUGAUUGAUACGCCGGGCCAUGCAGAGACGUUGGCACUACCUCCUGAGUAUGACAGCUUCUUUGUCCGCCAUAGCCCGGCCAAUGAGCAGGUCGUCGACGAGGAGUUCCCAGGCGUUCUGCCUCGGCAUGUCCUACACCAUGAGUAUUUGGUGCGGGACCCUGCCCAGGCGCUGCCUGUGUACCUGGUGCACUUUGAAUUCGACCCAGAAAUGCCAGAGCUGCUGAACCUUCCUCUCUGCGACAGUUGCGGGCUGCAAGCAGCACUGGUUUAUUGCGAGGCGGACGAUGCAAUCCUUUGCAGGCCAUGCGACAGUCGAAUCCAUUCUGCAAACAAGCUGGCCUCAAGACACAUCCGUGUGGAGAUCAAUCGCCGACCGAAUGCUCCACUGGGCAAUUGCUUGGACCACCUUGGUACGGAAGCUGACAUGUACUGCGCUGAGUGCAAACUGCCUGUUUGCCAGCACUGCCGGAAGCUGGGGAACCACAGCGCAGGCGAAGCCAAGAAGCACCGCCUGAUCAGCCUGCGUGAGGCCUACAUGCAUGCCCUGAAGGCGAGCACCUCAACAGCCAACGGCAUCUUGACAGAGAGGCAGAAAGUGGAAUCGCAGCAGGUGGCCGACUUGGACAAGCGGCUCGUGACCGUCCAGGAGUCCACCCAGGUGCUCGAGGAUGGCAUCUACGACCAGGUGCAGCUGGCGGUGAAGCAGGGCCAGGCCCUGGCGGAAGAGCAGGCUGCGCUCUUCAUGGCUGAUGAACUGGAAGCAAAGCGGCAGCUGGACCAGGCGGCUUGGAUGGACUCUUUCCUGGAGGACCACGUCAAGAAUCUUCCGCCACCAGAUUUUCUGGAUGCCUGGCUCUUGCAUGCCAAGGUUCGAGAGGAGGUGAACCAACUAGGCCGCCUUACACAAGCGCGCGCGAGCGCCACCCUGCGUCUGGAGGGUGGGCUUCGGCUGGUGGCUGAUGACUCUCAGGCCUGGCAGCGUCAGGCUGGCGAUGCACCAGGUGGAGUGGCCAGCCCCGUGGCAAGACCCAGGGGUGCUGGCUCCGGAGGCAGAGGCCCACCAAAGACCCGAUUUCUAUUGGACGGGUAG